AUGCCGACUUUUGAUCUUUCCAACAAAGCGGCUUCAGGCGUGCCAUAUUACACGCCAGAACAGCAGCCCACGGCUGGAACAGCUCUGGGUAAAUCAGUACCAACUCUCUUAAAGCCGUACCAAAUGCGUGGCGUUGAGCUGCACAAUCGCUUCGUGGUGUCACCAAUGUGCCAGUACAGCGCUGACAACGGCCAUCUUACCGACUACCACUUGGUGCAUGUGGGCCAAUUUGCAUUGCGAGGCGCUGGGCUCAUCAUGCUUGAAGCUACCGCUGUGGAAGCUCGGGGUCGCAUUACUCCCCACGACUCCGGGCUAUGGACUGAUAGCCAGGUCGCCCCCCUGAAACGCAUCACAGACUUUGUACAUAGCCAGGGCACUAAGAUAGGCAUUGAGUUGGCUCAUGCAGGUCGCAAAGCCACCACACUGGCUCCUUGGCUCUCGGAAGUCUCCAAGAAACAGCUUGCGACCGAGGAUGUUGGUGGAUGGCCAGAUGAUGUUGUGGCACCUAGCGCAAUUCCCCUCUCUAAAGAUUACGCUCAGCCCAAGGCCAUGACUAUCGAGGAGAUUAAACUGCUGUCUAAACAAUUUGCGGAUGCUGCAGUUCGUGCUGUCAAAGCUGGUUUCGAUCUUAUUGAGAUCCAUAGUGGCCACGGUUAUCUCAUUAAUGAGUUUUUGUCUCCUUUAUCCAACAAACGAACGGAUGAGUAUGGCGGUAACUUUGAGAAUCGUACCAAACUCCUCAGAGAAGUGGUCACCGCCGUCAGAGGUGUGAUUCCUGCAGACAUGCCCCUGUGGAUUCGGAUCUCCGCUACUGAGUGGAUGGAAUGGAACAACGAGCCAUCGUGGGAUAUUCAUGAAAGCAUUCGGCUUGCAAAGCUUCUGCCGGACCUUGGUAUUGAUGCUUUGGACGUCAGCAGCGGAGGCAACAAUGCCCAGCAGCGUAUACAGUUUCACCCGCGUUACCAAACUGACCUUGCGGGGCAGAUUAGGGCGGCAGUGCGGAAGGAUGGCCUUGAUCUAACCAUUGCUGCCGUCGGAGCAAUUACCGAAACUGAAAUGGCGCGAUCCUUGGUCGAUGACGACAAUAAGGCGCAUGCUGACUUGGUCGUGGCAGCAAGACAGUUUCUUCGAGACCCUGAGUGGGUCCUGAGGUCGGCACACGACUUGGGUGUGAACGUCAAAUGGCCUCAUCAGUAUGAGAGAGCACAAAGGAGUUUGGACACUAAGUUUUAG